UUGCUUUCUGGCAUAAGUAUUUUGCUGAAAACAAGACAUCAUCUCAACAAAAGUCAUUGUUUUAUUUGUAUCAAAAUGUUUUGUAACCAUGGCAACGACUUUUCAUACUUUCAAAGGAACCAGGAGGAAAAAGUUAGAGCGAUUUUUAUUUUUUUCCCCCCGCUCCUUGGUCCACAAAUAACUUCACUGCUGAGACUCGGGAGCAUCCACGUCUGAGGUCAAAAUGAAGAAAAGCAAAGCCCCCACUUCCAGGAGAGUUGAGAUCCAGCAGCUGUACCUGAACUACUCUGCUGGCAUGACUUCCUUGCCUGCUUCUGAACUCCUGAAAUUUCUGCACAAGGAGCAGAUGGAGCUCACCGCAAAUGAAGACACUGCAGAGAGCCUGAUUGACAGAUAUGAGAUCGAAGAGACGGCCAGAGAAAGCAGAUCCAUGACAUUUGAAGGCUUCCUCAGAUACAUGGAGUCCAAAGACUGCUGCGUGUUCAACCAAGCUCACACAUCUGUGUACCAAGACAUGGACCAGCCUCUCACCAAUUACUUCAUCUCCACUUCACACAACACUUACCUGACUGGAGAUCAGCUGAUAGGAAAGAGUCACCUCGAUGCCUACGUUUGGGCUCUGAGGAAAGGCUGUCGCUGUUUGGAAAUCGACACUUGGGACGGUCCGGAUAUGGAGCCUAUAGUUUACCAUGGCUACACCCUCACCACCAAGAUACUCUUUAAAGACGUCAUCACCACGGUGGCACGACACGCCUUUGAGGUAUCAGCUUACCCGGUGAUUCUGUCGUUGGAAAACCACUGCAGCCAGCAGCAGCAGGAAGUCAUGGCUCAAUACCUCGUGUCUAUCCUCGGUGACAUGCUGGUAACAGCUCCUCUUGAUCACUUGGCCAACGGAGAGCUUCCGAGCCCAAACGACCUGAAGUAUAAGAUUCUCAUCAAGAAUAAGAAGAAAAAGCCAAGGAUUAAGACAGAACAGGCAACAGAGGAGAGUGCAGAUGAGGGAGAGGAGGAUUAUGAUGAUCUGGAGGAUGAGGAGGACGAUGAGGAUCAUCAAACAAAAACAAAGUUCUGGUCUCCCAGAAAGGCAGGGCCAAAGAAGGAAGAAAAGAAGGUGGUGGUAGCCCAGGCUUUGUCUGACCUGGUGAUAUACACAAGAUCCGUCAAGUUCAUCAGCUUCAGUCACUCCAGGGAGAAUCAGAACAUCUUCGAAAACACAUCAACGGCAGAGAAGAAGGCUCGCAAGCUGGCAAGCGCCUCAGGACUGAAUUUUGUUCAGCACAACCAGCGGUUCCUCACUAGGAUUUACCCAGCAGGCUCCAGGACGUCCUCCUCCAACUACAACCCCCAGGAGUUCUGGAACGUUGGCUCACAACUCGUGGCUCUUAAUUUUCAAUCUCUGGGUUUGCCGAUGGACCUUAAUGACGGCCGUUUCCAAGACAACGGGGGCUGCGGAUACGUCCUGAAGCCAGCGGUGCUACUACCCAGCGAUAGGAGCUUUGAUCCCAUGUGCAGCCAGCACCGCCUCAAACCCACACACCUGCUGCUUAAGGUUAUCAGUGGAUCCAACCUACCUGUCACUAGGAGCAAUAAAAGCCUGGACCCCUUUGUGAGAGUGGAGAUUCAUGGGAUACCAUCAGACUCCCGCAAGAAAAACACUCAGACCAUCAAAAACAACUCUCUGAGUCCUCACUGGGACAACGACAUGAACUUCUCCAUAAGCGUUCCCGAGCUCUGCCUCGUCCGCUUCUGUGUCCGAGAUCAGACCGGCCUCCUCAGCAGCGAGUUUGUGGGCCAGUACACUCUGCCCUUCACCAGCAUGAGGAAAGGCUACCGCUGGGUCCCUCUCCGGUCCCGAGACGGAUGCAGCCUGGAUCCAGCUUCCCUCUUCAUCUUUGUCUGGUAUUCCUAAAAACGGCUCUCGAUAUCUGUCACGCACACACAAGCCACGCAUCAACUUCUCGCUUCCCAAUAGAGAAAUGCAGCUGAUCCAGCAGCAGCACGGAUAAAUAAAUCAUACAGAACCAGUUUCUCUGA